AUGGAGGACAAGGGGAAAGGCUUUUCCUUACGCCAGAAGAAGUCACGUCAAGCCGUGCCGAAGCAGAUAUCUGGUCCAAUUCAGACAAUCCCCCAAGUCUCCCGGGGUCCUACUCGUCCAAACGUGAACGGCAGAGUCGAGACCUCGACAGCUAAUACUUCUGACCUUGUCAAGAGAAGAUAUUCAACACGCUUCACCAAUCUUCCAGACUUCAGCAAUGCUGACGCGCCACCUGUCCCAUCCAUUCCGACCCUGCCUGCCCAAUUUGCCCAAUCUGACUCUCGUCCAUCAACAGCACGACAGAAUCAGCAGCUUCAAAUAGAUGCGAAUGCCCUGAAGGACCCUGACCUGCAGAUCGAGAGCUAUUCUACAAAUUUGCUAUCAGACGCCUCUGAUCAAGAGCUUCGAGACUAUCAAGCAAGUCUUCGAAAGCUCAAAAAUCGCACCUCGACCGAUCUACAGCAGAAUGUGUACCAAAAUCGAACACAGUUUAUCAAGAUCUCUAAAGAGGCGGAAAAGCUUAAAGGGGAGAUGCGGACACUUCGGGGCCUUAUCUCCGAGCUUACGACCUCUCUCAACCAAGCUUCAAUGAAUGCUGGAGCAUCAGAACCGCGCGCCGCAUCGGAUGAUGGUGCAAGGUCAAGAGCUCGCAAGCAGGCAAACAGGAGCUCGGUAGCAAACCUGGAGGCGAUGUGGAAUACCCAAUUACAUGCACUGUGGAAAAAUGUCGAGGGGUCGCAGAAGUUCCUGCCCGCUAUACCCGGCAGACACGUGGUUCUGGAGCAGAGUACUUGGCUGGAGUUGGAUGCUGCUACUUGGAAAGCAAAGCGUUAUGCGCAUAUUUUUCUUCUGAACGACCAUCUGAUGGUUGCAACUAAGAGGAAGCGGCGAAUAGAUCCCAAUGCUAUGACUACUGGCGAUGCCGGGCAAAAAAGCUCUUCAAGGACAGUUGCCGACAAAUGCUGGCCUCUGCAGGAUAUCGAUAUGGUCGACCUUGCAUCUGUUGGAUCGUCGGGUAUUGGCGACCGAGGUGCAAUGUCCAACGCAAUCAGCGUUAGAUACGGCCACGAGUCCUUCACGUAUCGUAGCGACAAGUCAUCGACUACGGAGAAGAUGAACCUUUUACAGGCUUUCCGGAGGACUGUUGAUGAGCUGCGGAGGGCCCUGCAAGCAGAUAUGGAAGAAAACGUCAACAAGAGCAAGGAGACUAUAGACUAUCUGACCACCAGAGACCCAGCCCUGUCCAACAAAACAAACCUGCUGAGAUCACUCAGUGGCGCCAAAGACCGUCCCGAAAUCCUAAUCGAUGUGGACGGUAAGCACCAAAACCUUCGGUGGGUCGAGGGUCAGAUCGACGAGCUUGACAGCGAGGUGGCUUUGCAAAAAUUCGAAGACGCUGUUCGGCAUGUUGAGAAACUUAGGAAACUAGCCAAAGGUCUCAAGGGCAACAUGUUAGCCCAAGACCUUAUCAGCACCAAGGUUGAUGAAAGGGCUAGGAAGCUUGCAGACAUCCUUGCCCUCCGCCUCACAGCCACUCACGCGCAGUUGACGGCAACCCAAGCCAACAUCGCCUAUCUCGUCCGUCUCAACUUCACCCCCCUUGCUCGCACCACCUAUCUCGCUGCCCGCACUGAUCUCAUCCACAUCCGCGCUCGCAGCAUCAUGUUUGAAGGCGAUUUACCUCGGCACAUCAACCAGCUCUCCUAUGUCUACUUCUCUUUGAUCCGUAACACCGUGAAAACCUAUCAGCUGUGUUUUCCGCCAGUCAUGAUGAGCAGCUGUGUUCAGUGGGCAAAGGAGAGGUUGGACGAGUUUAACGCGCUACUAGAGAGGCAAUUGGGCAGUGUGAGGGCUGGCUGCGCGUAUUGGAACGAUUGCUUGGGGAAGGCUAUCGAGAAUGCGGGAAUGGUUGGUGAGGUGGGUAUGGAUUUUGCAAAUCUUGUGGGUCUGGGGUUGAUAAAGGCAAGGAAGGAUGGAGAGCAGGCUGAGAGACAACGAGAGGGAGAGCAGCAGCAGCAAUAG